AUGCCCGCCAAAAACGAUAUUAACAAAAUCGGAGUGGAGAGCUCUGAUUUCCCUAUAUUAUGUGAAACAUGUCUUGGUCCGAAUCCCUACGUUCGGAUGAGCAAGCAAGAAUUUGGUCACGAAUGUAAAGUCUGCAAUCGCCCCUUCACUGUAUUCCGCUGGAACCCCGGAGAGGGCAGGAUGAAGAAGACGGAGAUUUGCACCACUUGUGCCAAAAUCAAGGGGUGUUGCCAGACGUGUCUGCUGGAUUUGGAGUAUGGGUUGCCGACUCAGGUCAGGGAUGCGGCUUUGGGUAGAAAGGCGCAGGCUCCUUCGUCCGAUAUCAACAAGCAAUACUAUAUCCAAAAUCUUGAAGCUCAGAUAGCAGACUCUGCAGAUGGAAUGGCCUACGACUCUGAGAAAGCCAACCAACACGGCAAAGAAAUGCUCAAGAACCUCGCCCGAACCGACCCUUACUAUAAGCGGAACAGACCGCAUAUCUGCAGCUUCUUCGUCAAGGGAGAGUGUAAAAGAGGAGAUGAGUGUCCAUUCAGACAUGAGAUGCCGAAAGAGAAUGAGGGGACCGGGAAUAAGCAGCAGAGCAUAGUGGACAGGUAUUACGGAAGGAAUGAUCCGCAGGCAAAGAAGAUUCUGAGUCAGGCGGCGGAGACUAAGGGGUUGAAGGCGCCCGAGGACAAGUCUAUUACCACUCUCCUAUUCCUUGGUCUCCCCGAGUGCAAUGACUCUCAUGUGAGAGCUUCUUUGCUGGGUGCUUGUCCAUUCGUCAAAAUUUCGGAUCUGAGAUCCGUGACCAUCGUUCAAGCUAGCCAUUGCGCGUUCGUCAACUUUAACCAACGACCAACAGCCGAACGAGUCGCCGAAGCUCUGUCGGCACAGGGAGGAGUUGAAGUGGAAGGCAAGAAGGCCAAGGUCGUCUGGGGCAGGGCGCGCCCGCAGAAGAAGGCAGUUGCAUGA